CGGGUCGUAUCUGACUCGCGUCGCCAAUCCAAGCAGCCAGCGACUCAGUUGAUCUCUCUUCUCUCUGCAACGGGACGUCGGGAAGUUCGUGGUUAUCGAAUUAACUUCUGGACAUUGUCAUCGGGAGACGGAAAAGAGAAAGCCUUCCAGAUGGGCUACAUACAGGAAGCACGUGAAAAUCACGUGAAGAAGAAGGUCGAAGAAGCUUUGAGAAGCAAAAUGAAGCAGAAGGCACUUAAAGAAUGUGACCAGUUCACUUCGAAGUACGCGCAAUGUGCCUCUGGAAGAACCCUUUCUGUUGUUUGGCAGUGUCGAAAACAGGCUAAAGAACUCAAUAACUGCCUACAUCAAUACACAAAUGAUGCUGUCUUGGAAGAGAUGAAGAAAGAAUACAUGCUUCAACAAGAUGGCAAGGGGUCUGUGAGAACCUAAGCUUCUUCCUGUUGAUGAUGAUGUAACUACCAGAAGAGCAUUUGAAGUACAAUUGUACUUCCAGUUUAGCCUUUUGAAUGACGCAUUUGCAUCCCGUUCGAGCUUGAACCCUGCCUUUUCUAUUGACUUGCAUAAAGAACAUCUUGUGGAUUACAGAUUUUGAAUUUAAAAGUAGAUUUAAUAUGGGGCAAUUGGAAUAUUUUUGUCUGGAAUGUCUGCCUUACCUAUAGAAGAUGAAGUUCAUUUGACCAAAUAAUGAUGGGAGAAUUACUAUACUAGUAUAUUCCUAGUUGUUUUUAUUAUUCAUUGGUUAAGUAGUUGAAUUUCUAUAAUUAUAUUAGUAAAUUCCCUUUUUUUUUA